UAGGGACCCGAUCCGAGACCCACUUUCGCAUUUGCUCUGCAUAACCCCUCGCCCUUCUCGCCCUCACUCCUCUUCUUCAUGCUCCCCUUUUUUUAGGGCACGACCUCUUAUUAUCCCCUUUCUACAUUUUCCCGCCAUGGCUCGAAUCAUCACGCGAGCUCUCCCACUUUCUUCGAGAUCCUCUCGUCGUCCUCGCCUUUCGAUCUCGUACUCUUCUCUCUCCCUUCGACCGCUGAGAUCUCCAAUAGCUUCAUCGUCGUCGUCGUUAUCUCCGAUUUCUUCCCACCUUUCUUUCUCGAUCCACCCAUUCGGUUCGUCGAGGAGGAGCAUCCACGAGAUCUCUCCCUUUGGCGGGAUCUUUGCGAGCCUUCGGGGGUUUCGCAAGACGAGGAGGCGGCUAGCUGCGAAGAGGAAGUUGGCUCCCAAGGAGAAGGAGCUUCAGCUCGAUGUCAAGAUUUGUAUUGAGGAGGAGUUGCCUGAGGAUCCUGAACUCAUGAGCAUUUCAGAAAUGUUGAAACUGAAUGUUCCAAUGGCUAUGAAAAUUGCAUUCGACGGUCUGCAUAACUCAAAGUACAAAACUAGAGAUGCUUCAAUCAGUGACGUUGGUGUAUUUGACAAGGCUGAGCUCUCUUUAUUGCUUUGUAAUGAUGAUUUUAUGCAAAAACUUAAUAAAGAAUGGAGAGGUGUGGAUGCUACUACUGAUGUUCUUUCAAUGUCACAACAUAUACCUGAGCUUGAAAAUCCCACGCUAUUGCUGGGGGACAUAGUCAUUUCUGUUGAGACAGCCGCAAGACAAGCAGAAGAAAGAGGACAUACGCUACUUGAUGAAAUUCGAAUACUAAUGGUUCAUGGCCUAUUACAUCUUCUGGGCUUUGAUCAUGAGAUAAGUGAAGAAGCCGAGGCGGAAAUGCAGAAGGAGGAAGAGAUUAUCUUCAAAAGUCUAGGAUGGAAAGGCAAAGGUUUAAUUACGGGCGCAUAUGAUAAUAUAACUGAUGGAUGCCUCCAGUCAGACGGCCCUGAUGGAAUAGUUACCAAAGAUAUGAGAAAAGCAGGCAGCCUACGGUUUUAUAAACCAAAGUUCAGUUAUAUCUUUUGUGAUAUGGAUGGUACCCUUCUGAAUAGUAAAAGUCAAAUUUCUACCACAACAGCAGAGGCUCUAAAAGAGGCUAUUUCAAGGGGAGUGAACAUUGUGAUCGCCACUGGUAAGACUCGUCCAGCUGUUAUAAAUGCCUUGAAGAUGGUCAAUUUAACUGGGAAAGAUGGGAUUGUAUCUGAAUCAUCACCAGGCAUCUUUCUGCAGGGUUUGCUUGUUUAUGGACGACAAGGUAGAGAGAUUGCCAGAAGAAACCUAGAGCAAAAUGUUUGUAGAGAGGCAUUUUUAUACUCUUUAGAGAACGAAGUUCCUCUAAUAGCAUUUUGUCAGGAUCGAUGUUUUACAUUAUAUGAUCAUCCUAUGGUUGAUUCAUUGCAUACCAUAUAUCAUGAGCCAAAGGCUGAGGUUAUGCCUUCAAUUGAUCAGCUUCUAGCUGCUGCUGAGAUACAGAAAUUGUUAUUUCUUGACACGGCUGAGGGAGUUUCAUCAGUCUUAAGGCCGCACUGGGAAGAGGCAACAGAAGGACGAGCAAGUGUUACUCAAGCACAGCCUGACAUGCUUGAAAUUGUCCCAGCUGGUACCUCAAAGGGCGAUGGAGUAAGAAUGCUGCUGGAUCACCUUGGUAUUUCUCCAAAGGAGGUCAUGGCUAUUGGUGAUGGGGAGAAUGACGUCGGGAUGCUAGAAUUAGCAUCAUUGGGCGUCGCCCUUAGCAAUGGAUCAGACAAGACUAAGGCCGUGGCAGAUGUUAUUGGAGCGACCAACGAUGAAGACGGUGUUGCACAGGCAAUAUACGGGCAUGCAUUUUGAUGCUUAGCAGGAAAUACAGGAUGCACAGGCAAUAUACGGGCAUGCAUUUUGAUGCUUAGCAGGAAAUACAGGAUGCUCCAGAUUUUGUUUAAUCUUUUCUGACGACCAUUUGUUGGCAAUUUCUGCCCAUAUUAUUCUGAUUGUAAUAGGAAUAAUUCUUGGAAUCAAAAGGGAAAGAAAGAAAGAUUUACAUUUGGGAGAGGUAAAGGGAAAGAAUAAACCUUUUCCACCACAUUUUUGGCUCAAAAAGCUGUCGGUAAGAAUCAGAUCAUUGCUAUUGUUUUGAGCUGGGGGCUGUUGCCAUUU